UGCGCGCUGCGGCCCGGGCGCCCUCUGUCCGACGGCCUUCCCCGCAUGCGCCGGAGCCCGGAUGCGGAUCCAGUUGGUUGAAAGCGCGCGGGGCUCCAGUAAUGGCUGCUGUCGGGAUUGCGACUGGUGGUGGAAAUUGGUUUUCGGCUUUGGCGCUCGGGGUGACUCUCCUCAAAUGCCUUCUCAUCCCCACCUACCAUUCCACAGAUUUUGAAGUACACCGAAACUGGCUUGCUAUCACUCAUAGUUUACCAGUAUCACAGUGGUAUUAUGAGGCAACUUCAGAGUGGACCUUGGAUUACCCGCCUUUUUUUGCAUGGUUUGAGUAUGCCCUGUCACAUGUUGCCAAGUAUUUUGAUCAAGAGAUGCUGAAUGUCCAUAAUCUGAAUUACUCCAGCUCAAGGACCUUACUUUUCCAGAGAUUUUCUGUCAUCUUUACAGAUGUACUCUUUGUGUAUGCCAUCCACGAGUGUUGUAAAUGCAUUGAUGGGAAAAAAGCAGGUAAAGAACUUACAGAGAAGCCAAAGUUUAUCCUAUCAGUGUUACUGCUGUGGAACUUCGGGUUGCUAAUUGUGGACCAUAUUCAUUUCCAGUACAAUGGUUUUUUAUUUGGAUUAAUGCUACUCUCCGUUGCACGAUUAUUUCAGAAAAGGCAUAUGGAAGGAGCAUUUCUCUUUGCUGUUCUUCUACACUUCAAGCACAUCUACCUCUACGUAGCACCAGCUUAUGGUAUAUACCUGCUGCGGUCUUACUGUUUCACUGCAAAUAAACCAGAUGGGUCUGUCCGGUGGAACAGUUUCAGCUUUGUCCGUCUUAUUUCCCUGGGACUGAUUGUUUUCCUAGUUUCUGCUCUUUCAUUGGGUCCUUUCUUAGCCUUGAACCAGCUGCCUCAAGUCUUGUCCCGACUCUUCCCUUUCAAGAGGGGCCUCUGCCAUGCAUAUUGGGCUCCAAACUUCUGGGCUUUGUACAAUGCUUUGGACAAAGUGCUCUCCAUCAUCGGUUUGAAAUUGAAACUUCUUGAUCCCAACAAAAUUCCGAAGGCCUCAAUGACAAGUGGUUUGGUUCAGCAAUUCCAACACACAGUCCUUCCUUCAGUGACUCCCUUGGCCACCCUCAUCUGCACUCUGAUGGCCAUACUGCCCUCUGUUUUCUGUCUUUGGUUUAAACCUCAAGGGCCUAGAGGCUUUCUCCGAUGUCUAAUUCUUUGUGCCUUAAGCUCCUUCCUCUUUGGGUGGCACGUCCACGAAAAAGCCAUACUCCUUGCAGUUCUCCCAAUGAGCCUUCUGUCUGUGGGAAAAGCAGGAGAUGCUUCAAUUUUUCUGAUUCUGAGCACAACAGGACAUUAUUCCCUCUUCCCUCUGCUCUUCACUGCACCAGAACUUCCCAUUAAAAUCUUACUCAUGUUACUAUUUACCAUCUAUAGUAUUUCCUCGCUGAAGACUCUAUUCAGAAAAGAAAAGCCUCUUUUUAAUUGGAUGGAAACUUUCUACCUCUUCGGCCUGGGGCCUCUGGAAGUCUUCUGUGAGUUCGUAUUCCCUUUCACCUCCUGGAAGCUGAAGUACCCCUUUAUCCCUUUGUUACUGACCUCAGUGUAUUGUGCAGUGGGCAUCACAUAUGCUUGGCUCAAACUGUAUGUUUCAGUAUUGACUGAUCCUUCUGUCAGCAAGACAAAGAAACAAUGAAUAAAGGAACUGGUUGGAUGUAUUCCAAACAGUUAUUUCAUGGGAAAUUAAUCACAACUUGAAGAAAGUUGCUGGUGGCAUGAACCAUUCAUUUCAUUUGUUCUGUUUGGAGGACCAUUCUUCUAAACUUGGCCUUGCCCAGCCUAGCAACCUGAUUGUCACCAUGGUGAAAGCCAUUUGUCCUCCAAAAGCAAUGAAACACAUUUGAAAUGAAUCUCGCCUUGCCCUGUAAAAUUGUCUGAGAUCAUCGGACUGCUGUGCUCGCUCAAAGCAUGCAAGGCGUCUACCAACAGCAUGAUUAUCUUUACCCUGUGAGGACCAGGUCAGGCUAUAAAGCGUAAUUAGAAUCAUGUGCUAAGGGAAGUGUAAAUAAAAUGCCAUUUUGUAUUUCUGAACAAAGAAGGUGUGGGAUCAUUACCGGCUCCUACACUUUGCUGUUGGCAUGCGUGCAAGCAGGUGAUGUACUGUCCCCAUUCUAUACACCUUGUUCCAGGAGUUUUGGUUGUUGCUGUUGUUGGAAUUAUACAAUGGCUGUACUCAGAGAGCUGGGGGGAGUAUUUAAUGAACUGGUUUGGCCUGUCAGCAGAGGCUAUAAACUGCAUCUACACUUGCACUGAUUUAAGGACAUCUUGUCCAGUUUGUUCAUUCUAAAAGCAACCUCUGUGGUUUUGAUAAGGCUGCUACUUCUUAAACUUUCCUCAUUUGAACAAACUUAAGUGUUCUUUGCAGCCUGGCCUUCCACUAGAGGACUUCAUACACACUUUUUAUCCAGGACCCCAGUCUGCUGCAGGUUCAAAUUCAACUAUUUAUCUAGCCAUCACCAGGACCUUUCACCCACUUUAUUUACCCAUUAUCCCCUAAGAAGCUCAGAGUCCAAGGCCAAUGGCAGCGUGGGAUGCUAAUCCAGCUAUAUACUCUCCCUUAAAUUCACUCAACUCUGAGACUUCCUUAGAGUUUCAUUGCAGAGAUAAAAAUAGGGCAUUUGCCAAAGGGAGAGAGAAGCAUAGCCCCUCUGGCCUACUUCCCUCACCACAGUCCCCCUCACGCUUUGGGCUCCAACUGUCCUAACAACUGAAAAUUGCCAGAGUGCCAUGCUAUUUUGUACCUCUGCUUGCUUUCACUCGUUCUCCUUCUGUGCGCUCACUCUCUCUCAGCUGACUUUUCUACCCUGUCAUCUGAUUGUACAUACUUCUUCAAGAUCAAACAUAACCACUACCAUAUCUAUUAAUAGACUGGUAGUACAGUGUAGUGAUUAAGAGUAGGAGCCCUGGAGUCAUACAGCCUGAUUGAAAACCCUGCCUCCAUCAUUUUCUGUUUGUAGCCAAGUUAUUUAGCCAUCCUUUGCCUCUAGGUCCUUGUCUCUAAAAUGAUCACCCAAAAAAAUCAGAACCCUGCCUGACACAGGAAUGUUCAAUAAAUAUCACCUGUUACUUUUAUGAAUACUUUCCUCUCCUGUCUCUCCCCCACCUCCCAGAAUUGAGUACCCUCAUCGUGGGCGCUUCCUUGCUGGGGAGUCUCCUUCUACCAUUAACCUGUUUACCUGUUCCCCAGGAGCCACUGGCAGUUUGAAAGCAGAAAUCACACUUGCCCUAAUAGCCCAUUUUUGGCACAGUUGAAUGAAUGAAGCACACAACACAGGCCAUAAUUAAAAUCCAAGUAUUUACUAAUACUAACAUUAACACAAGAGACUCAGUAUAGUUCACAUCUUGGCCAAUUGGUGUGCAAGCGAAAAACAAAAAACAACUAGAAGUUACAUUUGGACACAUCUCCACAAGGCCAAAUUUAACUGUACUUUGUAGGUGGUUCUGUGAAGUCAGAACUGGAGGAGCUUAUCUCGUGCAGAGAUUUCCAGAAUGUUCUGUAGAGCCUGGAUGUUCUUGAGAGUUGGCUGAGAGGCUCUGGGCCCUGUCCCAUCUUCUACCAAAGCAAAUAUGCUUUGAUCUAUUUCAUAUAUUGGGUUUCACAUAAAUUUUUGUUUGACCAAAAAGUUCAAAGUCCAAAUACAUUCCCUUUAAAUACAUUCCCUCUUAUAUUAUCAGGUCAGGAGGGAAAUAGCUCCAGAGACAGCCAUAGCUUAUUGGUGCCAACAUGGAUUAGAACCUAGACUUCCUGCCUACAGCCCAUGAGUCCCAAGUACGAUACAUCAUAUUCACGUAUUUAGAUUUUUGUGAGAUGUGGCUGAUUUUCAAGAACAAAUUCCUAGGUUUCAGCAGUUGCUAAAUAAACCAAAGUGCUGCUUCAGAAUGUUCUGAAAUCUAGAAUUAAGCAAUGUCAAGAACAAGCUAAGGUUACUAUCAAAAUUUUAAAAAGAUAUAUAAAUAAAUAACUCAUUUUUUACCUGUUCUUGAUAUGUAGUGUGCCAGCAUUUAACAAGAUAAAAGAAAAGAAAGGUGGGAGGGACUUGGUAUUCUUGGUCACAGUGUCUUUUCCCCUAGCAGAGGGGCAGAGCCAGAACUGGAAGGGAGCAAAGGAGAGAGACGCUGCCUUCCCAACCUGAAACUGGGAAGUUCCCUUGUUAAUGACUUCCGCCUGAAAGCUGCUCCUUGAGAAGGAAGCCCUUCAGUGUCAGGGAGAUGCCCCCUACAUAGAUAUAUACCCCAUAUGGCUGUUUGCAGUUAAUGGGACAGAAAAGCAUUCCAAUAAAAUAAGGCCUUUGAAAAAGAGGUUAGUCUUAAGUAGUUUGAUGGAAUUAUAUUUCCAGCAUGAUUGUGGUAAAAAGCAAAUCUUUUGACCUCUCUAUCCCCUUUCUUGUGCACCAAAAAAGCAGGCUACUAUGCUAAUGGCAUAGUCUGAGAUUAGAACAAAUUUAUAGACCUCAAAAACUUGAAUCAAUACAGCCAUUAGUAUCUCACAAUGGAGUCCCAUAUUCAGCAUCCUCAUUUUAUAGAAAGGUCGAUAAAUGUACCAGUUUUUUAUUUUGGUCUCAGGAGUCAGAAAGAAAAACAAUAUGCUUGUAUACAUAAAACAACUACAAAAGGGACAGGACCCAAAAUACUCCUAUGUCCAGAAUCACAUAUCUUUAGAAUCCUAGAAAGGCUCUCAGAAGUUCACUUGGGCCACAUUCAUUUCUUACAGUUUUCCUGACAGAAUAAAUAGGCAAUGUAGAGGUGUUCACCCCUUCAAAACAUAGCCUCUCCCAUGUUUCUUAGGGCAGUUAGUGCUGAAUUCAUAUUUUCCUUUCUCUGACUUUAACCAGUUAGUCUCUGGAACAAUACAUAGUGAGGUUUACUCCCAUUUCUGAUAGCCCUUCGGUGAUUCACAAAGGGAAAAUCCCAUAAUUGUGUCCCCUUCUGUUGAGUGCCAGGUAUUCUGCGAGGCAUUCCCUCUUUUACCCUACCUAAAACUUUGGGACUCAAAUUCAUUCAUUAUUCCUUCAAAGAAAAGAAUUCACUGUGGGUCGUCCAGGUGGCCCAGUCAUUAUCAAGCCUCUGCCUUUGGCUCAGGUCAUGAUCCCAGGGUCCUGGGAUGGAGCCCCACGUCGGGCUCCCUGCUCAGCGGGAAGCCUGCUUCUCCCUCUCCCACUCAUCCUAGUUGUGCUCCCUCUCUUGCUGUGUCUCUCUCUGUCAAAUAAAUAAUAAAUAAAAUCUUUUUUU